GUUAGGGAGGGGUUCCACGAAGAGAACUCUUGGCUUUCUACUUUCCUCCUAGUAACAGGUUCUAUUCCUCACUCCGUCUUGCCAGUUCUGCAUUCAGUGUUUACCCAAUGGAUUGCCUGGCAUUUGGCUAGAUGGUAUGGAGUUCUAACGAAGGUUCAGCCUUCCUCCUCUAGCGCCACACUCUCUCCUGGAAUAUUCGUUCUGAUGAGACAGAUUGCUAAAGCAGGCUGCAGAAUCCUUUGAAAUGCACAUUACUCCACUUCCAAGGCCAGGACUACAGCACAGAUAAUAUGACCUCCACAAGACAUGAAGGCACAAGCGCGGCUGUGUAUCUUCUUCGCUGUCACAUUGUACCCUUGUGGAUCUUUUGACCUAUUCCUCCCAGUCCUCUUCAGUCACCGUAACAGUAAUAACGAGCAACUCAUUCUUGGAAGAUAUGAUGAAGAUGUCAUUCUCCCUUGCCUGUUUACGAGUGGGUCUCAAGUUGUAAUUCACUGGCUAAGUCAAGAUAACUACGUUCACAGUUACUACAGUGGUGAGGACCAAUUGGAAAAACAGCAUUUUAGUUAUGCAAACAGGACAUCCCUCGUUCAUAGUGAAAUUAACAAUGGGAAUGCCUCUUUAACUGUCAGAAGAUUGAGUCUUCGGGAUGAAGGAAUUUAUAUCUGCUAUGUGGGAACAACAAGUACACGAACUGAAAACACAGUGGUGCUAAAAGUGGGAGCUUUUCACACACCUUUAAUAAAAUAUGAAAAGAAGGACACGGAGAGCUUUCUGGUAUGCAGUAUCCCGAGUGUUUACCCUUAUCCACAUAUCACAUGGAAAAUGGACAAUUCAAAUGUCUCUGUAAACAGUUCACAAGUUACCGGAGCUCCGGGUCCUUUUAAUAUUAGUAGUACACUGAAUAUUACAGGAUCAAAUUCGUCUUUUGAAUGUACUAUUGAAAAUUCACUUCUCAAUCAAACAUGGAGAGGAGAGUGGACAUUGGCAGGUAGUCAUUGGAAGAAUGAAAGUGACUCUAUUUCUCUCUGGUGUACAACCAGCCGCAAUUUUUCUCUACAAAAUCAAGAUUUCCAAGUUUCUUGGUUCAAGGUUGUAAAUGGGGCAUCCGCUGUCUUGGAUUGGCAUCCGAGCUCUUCACAGGACACAACUACUAAAGACCCUCAAUUCUCAGGGAAUAAAGAGCUGAGAAAUCAUAGUGACUUCUUCUUAAUAUUGAAAGAUCUUCGUGCUUCAGACAGUGGGGAAUACUUGUGUAAUGUUUCUUCUACUGAGUACACAUUACUCACUGUUCACAGGCUGCAUGUAGCUUCCAGUCUUUUACAGAAAAAACAUGUUGGAAUUUGGGCAUCAGUUUCACUGCUUCUGAUAUUUCUAGCAACAUGUUGCUGUUGCUAUAAAGUGGGAAGAGACUCUACAGACUCUGAAGGGACCAGAAGGUACACAUACUCUGCUGCUGGAGACCAGUGCGUCCAGGUUCACCAGCCAGAGGAAGAAGUAGAAUGUGGUUCUGAUGAAGUAAACAAGCACAAUUCAGAAAUGCACCCUAUCUCUAUUAAUGAGAGUGUUAUGAAUGGUGAUAACUCCAAUGGAUAUGACAUACAACAUUGUGGGGACCAACAAACUUUUGCCAAGGGAUGCUCUGCCAAAAAAGCUCAAACCAGAUGCUAACACCUUAAUGCUGGACUUCCAAGAUUGAAGAAUUAUAAUUAAAUUUAUUUUCUUUAUAAAUUACUCCCUGUGCAACAACACUGGCUGAAGACCUCCAGAACUGUAUUGACGCUUCAGGAUGUAAACGUCAAUUGCUGAUCUGUUACCUUCAUUAAAGCAAUGGGUAUUUGUGUGGAGAGAAUUCCAGCUCCACUUAGAAAACAAAUGUCUUAUCAAUGAACAUCACUGUUGCAGCCAAGCUAGGAUGUUACUGUGCAUUUCCACCAAUAACUCAGUAGAACUGUAUGAUUAGAGGUUGCUUCAAGAUCUGAGAGCAGGUGGGAGCAGGAUUAUCCUUAGUGGAACUGUAAAGAGCUAUUUACGGUCUGGAAACAAGACAACCGAUGUGAUUAUUGUACCCUAGUCUUAGGUAAUGGUUGUUUGAGCAAUACUGAUUAGCAUUAGGAUGAGUUACAGGACCCUGGAGAGUAAGAAUGUCAGUGUCCCCAAGACUACUUAGGAAAAGAGAUCUCAUCAUCACUAGAACUGAUCUGUCUGCUGGGAGUUACAACUGGCAACACCAGGCUAGCAUAGCUGCUGACAGAUAGAUUUGAGGACUAUUUGAAGAAGGCUUCUUCAGUUGGCAUCUUGUUCAUCAGCCUUCUAACAAGUGGGAAGUUCCAUAUAACCAUUCUGCAGGGAUUGAACUUAGAGCCUGGCUGGUUUGAUGAUCUGCUGCUAUCAUUUUAAUAAUCAACUUAGAGAAAAAAGAUGGAUGUUUGAUGUGGGAGAGUCUUCUGUUUGUGUUGAUUUCAUUGGUUAAUAAAGAAACUGCCUUGGCCCAUUUGAUAGGCCAGCCCUUAGGUGGGUGGAGUAGACAGAACAGGAUGCUGGGAGUGAG